AUGGCGCAGGUCAACCAUGUCGAAAAUCACCUUGAAUCCGACAUUCAUUUGUCCUUGAUCCCCUCCUCCUGGGGCUCUCAAGUUCGCGAACUCCACAUGAGUGACUGCCACGAUGCCGGCCUCGCUCUCGCACACAGUUUUGCAACUGACCCUCUGUCCCUGUACCUCUUGGGCGUUGAUGGCGCGGCUUCUUGGUCCUCUGAGAAGCUUUGGAAGCUCCAUGUCCGGCUGAUGAAAUACUCGUAUGCAUCGUACAAGCUCAGAGGCGUUGCCACCUCAAUUGGGCCGGAUUAUGAUGCUGUCGCGUUGUGGAUGCCGCCCGGAACCACUAAUGAUGACUGGAUCGCUACCCUUUGGAGCGGGAUUUGGCGUCUGUGGUAUCUGCUGCCACGCGAGGGUCGAAAGCGGUUCUUUGACGAGGUCUUCCCCAUCCUGCAUGAUACCAAGGCCGAGAUAAUGGGCAAUCGUACCGACGAUUGUUACUAUCUCGGCUACAUUGGUACCAAAGCCAGCGCCAGGGGCAGAGGCUAUGCCACAAAGCUACUGGACCACAUGAUAUACAAGGCCGAUGAGGACAACCGAGCUAUAUAUUUAGAGUCAUCCCACGUGCGCAACAACAAGUUUUACGCCAAGUUCGGAUUCGAGAUCAAGAAGGAGAUUGUCCUCACUCGCGGUCCUCGUCCGAUUCGCCUGUACUGUAUGGUUCGAGAACCCCAGAAUGACAAGUCGAGCACUUCCGUCGCCGACCUAGGAACCGAUAAGGAGUGA